GCCCGCCAAAGUCUGCGCGCGAAUUCCGUGGCGCCAAUUGAGGGCUGCGGUCGGGCGCCGAGCGGUUCCGGGUGUGACGCGCAGGACAGUGGCGCGCGGGGCCGGCAAGAGGCAGGAUCCCUGGGAGCUUGCUAAGCCUGCAGGUCCCCCUUCUAUACCCAGAGCUUCUGAUUAGUAGGUCUGGGAGCAGGCUGGACUGUUUUACACGUAAUCCCAGGAGCAUCUGGCUGCAGACGACGAGGAGGAAAGGGGAAGGGAGGAUUCUGACCCAUCAUGCAGCGGAGUAUCAUGUCAUUUUUCUACCCCAAGAAGGAGGGCAAAGUGAAAAAGCCAGAGAAGGAGACCUCCAACAGCGUCAGAGAGACAGAGCCACUUCCAAAGGUGGCACUGAAGGAGCGCAAUGGAGAGGUGCCUGAGAGCGAUUCUCCAGUGAAGAGGCCAGGGCGGAAGGUGGCCCGGGUCCUGGGCAGUGAAGGGGAAGAGGAGGACGAAGCCCUCACGCCCUCCAAAGGCCAGAAGCCUGCCCCCAGCUCUCCACAAGUCUCCCCUCCCAGCCCUGUCACAUUUCCCGAGAGCAGCCCCUCCCCCUCCAGCACCUCUCCUGUGGACAUCUCCCCAGCAGGGAUCCCAAAGCGGCGCACAGCUCGGAAGCAGCUUCCUAAGCGGACAGUACAGGAUGCCCUGCAGGAGCAGGGCAAGGACGAGAGCAGAGAGGCCAAGAGGAGGAAGGAGGGAGAAGCUGAGACCCCACUGGAAAGCCUCGCGGAGCCUGAAGUGACCCAAAAGAAAGAAGCAGAAGGGGAGGGCCAGCCCGUGGCGCCCCCUGAGCACCCAGAGACCUCCUCAGCAGAGCCCCUGCCAGACAGCACCUUGGAGCCCGAGGUGGCGGGGAAGCAGGAGGCUCGAGAGGAAGACCCGGCCGAGCCGCCCGCCAGAGCGCCCAAGACGGUCAGCAGCUUCUUCGCCCCCCGGAAACCGGCAACCAAGAAAGAAGGGAGAGAAGAGGGACCUGGCACAGCAAGACAGGAAGAGGCCAAGGGACCCCCGGACCCCCCCAGCUACAAUCCCGCCAAGAACAACUACCAUCCCAUCGACGACGCGUGCUGGAAGCCAGGCCAGAAGGUCCCUUACCUGGCUGUGGCCCGGACAUUUGAGAAGAUUGAGGAGGUUUCUGCUCGGCUCCGGAUGGUGGAGACGCUGAGCAACUUGUUGCGUUCCGUGGUGGCCCUGUCACCUCCAGACCUCCUCCCCAUCCUCUACCUCAGCCUCAACCGCCUCGGGCCACCCCAACAGGGCCUGGAGCUUGGCGUCGGUGACGGCGUCCUCCUCAAGGCGGUGGCCCAGGCCACAGGGCGGCAGCUGGAGUCUGUCAAGGCCGAGGCAGCUGAGAAGGGCGACGUGGGGUUGGUGGCCGAGAACAGCCGCAGCACCCAGAGACUCAUGCUGCCGCCACCUGCUCUCACUGCCGCCGGGGUCUUCACCAAGUUCCGAGACAUCGCCCGGCUGGCCGGCAGUGCUUCCACAGCCAGGAAGAUGGACAUCAUCAAAGGCCUCUUUGUUGCCUGCCGCCACUCAGAAGCCCGAUACAUCGCCAGAGCCCUGAGCGGACGGCUGCGCCUCGGGCUGGCAGAGCAGUCGGUGCUGGCCGCCCUCGCCCAGGCCGUGAGCCUCACGCCCCCAGGCCAAGAAUUGCCCCCGGCCGUCGUGGAUGCUGGGAAGGGCAGGACAGCGGAGGCCCGAAAGACGUGGCUGGAGGAGCAAGGCAUGAUCCUGAAGCAGACGUUCUGCGAGGUGCCCGACCUGGACCGGAUCAUCCCUGUGCUGCUGGAGCACGGCCUGGAGCGCCUCCCGGAGCACUGCAAGCUGAGCCCAGGGGUUCCCCUGAAACCGAUGCUGGCGCACCCCACCCGCGGUGUCAGCGAGGUCCUGAAACGCUUUGAGGAGGCAGCUUUCACCUGCGAGUACAAAUACGACGGGCAGAGGGCACAGAUCCACGUCCUGGAAGGCGGGGAGGUGAAGAUCUUCAGCAGGAAUCAGGAAGACAAUACCGGAAAGUACCCGGACAUCAUCAGCCGCAUCCCCAAGAUUAAACUCCCGUCAGUCACAUCCUUCAUCCUGGACACGGAAGCCGUGGCUUGGGACCAGGAAAAGAAGCAGAUCCAGCCAUUCCAAGUGCUCACCACCCGCAAACGCAAGGAGGUGGAUGCGGCAGAGAUCCAGGUGCAGGUGUGUCUGUAUGCCUUCGACCUCAUCUACCUCAAUGGAGAGUCCCUGGUGCGUGAGCCGCUUUCCCGACGCCGGCAGCUUCUCCGGGAGAACUUCGUGCCGACGGAGGGCGAGUUUGUCUUCGCCACCUCCCUGGACACCAAGGACACAGAGCAGAUCGCCGAGUUCCUGGAGCAGUCUGUGAAAGACUCCUGCGAGGGGCUGAUGGUGAAAACCCUGGACGUCGAUGCCACCUACGAGAUCGCCAAGAGAUCCCACAACUGGCUGAAGCUGAAGAAGGACUACCUCGAUGGUGUGGGCGACACCCUGGACCUCGUGGUGAUCGGCGCCUACCUGGGCCGUGGCAAGCGGGCCGGCCGCUAUGGGGGCUUCCUGCUGGCUGCCUACGACGAGGAGAGUGAGGAGCUCCAGGCCAUAUGCAAGCUCGGAACUGGCUUCAGUGACGAGGAGCUGGAGGAGCAUUACCAAAGGCUCCAGGCCCUGGUGCUGCCCACCCCACGCUCCUACGUCCGGGCGGACGGCGCCGUGGCCCCCGACCACUGGCUGGACCCCAGUGCCGUGUGGGAGGUGAAAUGUGCCGAUCUGUCCCUGUCCCCCAUCUACCCUGCUGCCCGGGGCCUGGUGGAUGGUGAGAAGGGGAUCUCCCUUCGCUUCCCUCGGUUUAUCCGCGUCCGUGAAGACAAGAAGCCCGAGGAGGCCACCACCAGUGCCCAGGUGGCCUCCCUGUACAGGAAGCAGAGUCAGAUUCAGAACCAGCAGGGCGCGGACGUGGACUCCGACCCAGAAGAUUUCUACUAGGCUCCCCUGCCCAGGGGCUGGGGGCAGGGGGCGCGGAGGUGGGGACACAGCGGUGUCCUGUUGCUUGGCAGACCUGGUGUUGCGGUCGUGUGGGUUUGGAGUGUCGCGGGUGUGUGUGUGUGUGUGAGGGGAUGGCUUAAGCAGAGCCUGGGAUUUAUUUGUUCAUUUCUUUCAAUAAAUAAUUAUUGAACACCCA